CCUGAAGAGAAAAAAAAGGGAAACCCAGCCAUGCCUUGAGGAAACCGGUAGAAAGCUUGGUUUUCUCCUUCUUUUCUUGCUCUAGAACACUUCUAGAACCCAGAAAUCUCCCCCCUGCAGGAAGCUUCCGGAUCUGCUCUGUCUUUCCUCCCCCGUCCGCCGGCUGCUCUUGCUUGUGGGGUAUGAUUUGCUCCGGUUUUUGAAUUUUCCUUCCUUGCCGCCGGCUUCUUCCCUCCACCAGGUCCGGUGUUGCUUGCUAGAAAAUUGUGGGUAAGUUGACAGCUCCUCCAAGCUUGAAUUUCAUCAAUUGUUUGCUGCCUUGUAUGUCCGAAUUGUGUUGGAAAAAUGGGGAAUUCUGGUAGCCUAUGAACAUGUUUUAAGCUUGGUUUAAGUGUAAAUUAGCUUGAUUUAGAUUGUUGUGAUUUUUGGAGAGAAAAAUCCCUUACUGUUCACACCCCGAGGGCCAACAUUUAACGGGAAUUUAAAUGAUUAGUUUGUGAUAUGAGAACGAAUUUGGAGAUGUCCGAUCAUGUGGAAAGUGAUAGAAAUAGCAUUGUGAUUAGGAAUGAUCCUAAUGAUGAUUUCAGCUUGAAUUUGUGAUAGUCCGAUAUUAAUUCUGAGGUGUUUUGAUUAGGUUCCUGAUCGUUCUGUCAGUUAGUACGUGAAUUGAGUGCUCGGUUUUAUGCAAGUGAGGUAAGUAAAUUUAUGGUAAUGCCCGUACUGUUUUAAAAGCAUGUUUUGAUUUGUUUUUGAAGUGGUGGCGGGACUAAACCCGUUUUACACGAGCAUGAUUGAUUUGAAGUGAAAUGUUUUGUGCUUUUCAUGAAAUUGAGCAUGCCUACUUGAAAUUUAAGUGAUUGUCCUGAUGAUCUGAAAGUGAUUGUGAAUUGUGAUUUGCCUGUUAACUUCUGCCUGUUUUGUCUCCGAUGUGGUCAUGUUAUUCGUGACCCUGCUAGUGGGGGAGGUUAUAAACGCUAGCACAUGUCGACAUGUUAGUGAAAGAGCCGGUUCGUUCAACCCAACUAGUGGGGGUUAUACACUAGCAAAUCGUGGCCCUGCUAGUGGGGAUUAUACACUGGCCGUGACCUAUAGAGGAGACGUCUAUUUCAUGCCCGUACUGUAUCUGUUUUCGUGCUUGUACUUGUUGGCAUGCUUUAAGUUUGAUAAGGGGCACUCCAUAUUUACUUACUGAGUUUAUCUCAUAGUUUUCCUUGUCCACCAUUUCAAGAAGUGAAACCGAGGACGGGGAAACCACGGGAAGUGACGAGUUAGAAGGCUAGCCAAUUCGAGAUUGAUAUUGAGUUUAGGAAUAAAUCAUGAUCUUGUGU